AUGCGUGCAUCGAGUGUGUAUCCUGACGAUGGCAACACGGGCGAAUCCGCAGGAGCGGAGAGAGAGUCGGUGUAUGAAGACGAUAUCCGGAAUUCGACGUGCGACGGCGACAUUCCUGAUUCCAGAGAAAAAUCAAGGCCAAAAAGGUCUAGUGAAGCACGAAAAGCAAAUCUUCGGCAUGUCGACAGCCGAACAAGCGGUGGAUUCCCUGUACGCAGAGUACCAAAUUCGCGCUAUUAUUCAAGAACCUCAACGCAAUACGACAGUGUUUACUGCACCUCGCCAACUGAUACGGCUCCCACAUCGCCAGUGCACAGCAGGCAGCUCACUUACAGUAUCGCGGAGGGAUAUGACACGCGUCCCGCGUCAAGGACGGCCGGGAAACCGGAGGCGUACCGCAGCAUGGCCAACUUGAACCCAUUCGGCUCGCCCCCGUCUACGACGGCGGCAUUUUUCCACCCCGUCAGCCAUGAGUCGAUUCUGCCUGCGCCGCUUCAGCUGACCAGGCACAGCGGGAGCACGGCGACCACCAGGGACAGCGGAUCAAGAUUCGACGCCACGCUGUCGCAGCGCACGAGCACGACGACCACGAGCAGCCGGAGCUCGCGAAACUCGUCCAGGAGGUCGGACAAGCCGACCACGUCGUCUUGUUCCGCGCAAAGAAGAACCAGCACAUCGACAUUCGAGGAGCGAUAUCCGCCGCAGACCAGAGGAAGCAGAACUUCGGACGCCAAACAGACGGACGGCUGGCCGUCGUCGGCGCGCACCUCCGAGGUCGGCACGCCGAUAUCCGAGCGGAAACUGUCGCCUCGAAAGAUCAUCAGGAGAGACAGCUUGCCGAUACCCGAGGCAUCGGGGCGUGCGGGCGCGAGGAGAGCACCAGCCGCCGGUGCACGGCCCGGGGAUCCGUCUGCGACCACAGGCGAGGACGUCGAUGGCAAGUGCAAGAAAGGACAGGGACGUUCAGUUGAGGAUUUGAAAACCGUGGAAAGAUUCAUGAGGAAGUUUGGAGGCCGGAGAGGGACGUGGAUUGACGACACGGGCAAGUUUGGACAGAAGAUUGUGCCUAUACCUUCAGGGGGGAAAAAGGAGGAUUUUAUUCGCCAGGUACAAUGUGGGAAGUUUGUCGAGCCGCACAACAGAGGACAGAGAGAUUGGGAGUGGAUAUAG